AUGGCCAGGUUCUACCCAUAUAGCCUUGGCACGAUUUUAGAUCCGUUGUCAUACCUCAUGUGCGACUACAGAAGUACUACACUUCUUUACACUUCUACAGGCAAUACGAAUCCGUCCUUUACUUUCAACCCGGGCCUAUCACUUCAGGUAGACCUUUUGGGCUUUCCUUUGACUACCAACUUUUUUACGCUGGAGCUAACUGGUUACUUUGUUCCACCAACCACCGGCAGCUACACGUUCAAUGUCGGAAAUCUCGGGGAUAGCGCACUAUUUAUGUUUGGUUCACCUUCCGCUUUCCAAUGCUGUCAAUCCACUUCCUCCAGCUGCUCCACAAGCGGUGUUGCAAUCAAUGCCAUGAGCCCGCUGAGCUCACUGCUGGGCCCACGAACAUACACCGUGCAACUAACCCAGGGUGCUAAAUACCCCAUCAGGCUAACAUUUGGCAGCGUGGGCAUUGUUGGCUCUCUUUCCUUGACUUUCACAGAUCCAUCAGGUGUGACGCAUACGUCCUUCAGUGGGUAUGUCAGCAACUACGCGGAUGGCCAAAGUUCUUGCCCAUACCAGACCUCUUCAACUUCAGGCACAAGUGGCUCUUCUACAGGAUCUGGUUCCAGCGGUCCUUCAACAAGCUCAGCACCAAGUGGCUCUUCUACAGGAUCUGGCUCUAGCGGAUCUCUCACAAGCUCAGCACCAAGUGGAUCUUCCACUGGAUCUGGUUCCAGCGGUCCUUCAACAAGCUCAGCACCAAGUGGCUCUUCUACAGGAUCUGGCUCUAGCGGCUCUAGCGAUUCUUUAACAAGCUCAGCACCAAGUGGCUCUUCUACAGGAUCUGGCACUAGCGGAUCUUCGACAGGACCAAGUGGCUCUGCUACAGGAUCUGGUUCGAGUGGCUCCUCUACAGGAUCUGGCUCUAGCGGAUCUCUAACAAGUUCAGCACCAAGUGGAUCUUCUACAGGAUCUGGUUCCAGCGGUCCUUCAACAAGCUCAGCACCAAGUGGCUCUUCUACAGGAUCUGGCUCUAGCGGAUCUUCUGAAGCUUCAGCACCAAGUGGAUCUUCUACUGGAUCUGGUUCUAGCGGUUCUUCAACAAGCUCAGCACCAAGUGGCUCUUCUACAGGAUCUGGCUCUAGCGGAUCUUCUGAAACUUCAGGGUCAAGUGGAUCUUCUACUGGAUCUGGCACUAGCGGUUCUUCAACAAGCUCAGCACCAAGUGGCUCUUCUACAGGAUCUGGCUCUAGCGGAUCUUCGGAAACUUCAGGGUCAAGUGUCUCUGCUACAGGAUCUGGCUCUAGCGGAUCUCUAACAAGCUCAGCACCAAGUGGAUCUUCAACAGGAUCUGGCUCUAGCGGAUCUCUCACAAGCUCAGCACCAAGUGCAUCUUCUACUGGAUCUGGUUCAAGUGGCUCUUCGACAGGACCAAGUGGCCCUGCUACAGGAUCUGGUUCGAGUGGCUCCUCUACAGGAUCUGGCUCUAGCGGAUCUCUAACAAGCUCAGCACCAAGUGGAUCCUCCACCGGAUCUGGUUCCAGCGGUUCUUCAACAAGCUCAGCACCAAGUGGCUCUUCUACAGGAUCUGGCUCUAGCGGAUCUCUAACAAUCUCAGCACCAAGUGGAUCCUCCACCGGAUCUGGUUCCAGCGGUUCUUCAACAAGCUCAGCACCAAGUGGCUCUUCUACAGGAUCUGGUUCCAGCGGAUCGUCUACAGGACCAAGUGGCUCUGCUACAGGAUCUGGCACUAGCGGUUCUUUAACAAGCUCAGCACUAAGUGCAUCUUCUACUGGAUCUGGUUCAAGUGGCUCUUCGACAGUACCAAGUGGCUCCUCUACAGGACCUAGCGGAUCUUCGGCAACUUCAGGUUCAAGUGGCUCUGCUACAGGAUCUGGUUCGAGUGUAUCGUCUACAGGACCAAAUGGCUCUGCUACAGGAUCUGCUUCGAGCGGCUCUUUAACAAGCUCAGCACCAAGUGGAUCUUCUACAGGAUCUGGAUCUAGCGGAUCUUCGGCAAUUUCAGCACCAAGUGGAUCUUCUACUGGAUCUGGUGCGAGCGGCUCUUUAACAAGCUUAGUACUAAGUGGCUCCUCUACAAGAUCUGGCACUAGAGGAUCUUCGACAGUACCAAGUGGCUCCUCUACAGGAUCUGGCUCUAGCGGAUCUCUAACAAGCUCAGCACCAAGUAGAUCUUCCACUGGAUCUGGUUCCAGCGGUCCUUCAAUAAGCUCAGCACCAAGUGACUCUUCAACAGGAUCUGGCUCUAGCGGCUCUUUAACAAGCUCAGCGCCAAGUGGAUCUUCUACAGGAUCUGGUUCGAGUGGCCCUGCUACAGGAUCUGGUUCGAGUGGCCCUGCCACAGGAUCUGGUUCGAGUGGCUCUUCGACAGGACCAAGUGGCUCUACUACAGGAUCUGGCUCUAGCGGAUCUUCGGCAACUUCAGGUUCAAGUGGCUUUGCUACAGGAUCUGGUUCAGGUGGCUCUUCAACAAGCGCAGCACCAAGUGGGUCUUCUACAGGAUCUGGCACUAGCGGAUCUUCGACAGGACCAAGUGGCUCUUCUACAGGAUCUGGCACUGGCGGAUCUUCGACAGGACCAAAUGGCUCUACUACGGGAUCUUUUUCAGGUGGCUCUGCUACAGGAACCGGCUCUAACGGAUCUUCUACAGGAUCUGGUACUAGCGGCUCUUCAACAAGCUCAGCACCAAGUGGCUCUUCAACAGGAUCUGGCUCUAGCGGCUCUUUAACAAGCUCAGUACUAAGUGGCUCCUCUACAGGAUCUGGCUCUAGCGGAUCUUCGGCACCUUCAGGUUCAAGUGGCUCUGCUACAGGAUCUGGUUCAGGUGGCUCUUCAACAAGCGCAGCACCAAAUGGCUCUUCUACAGGAUCUGGCACUAGCGGAUCUUCGACAGGACCAAAUGGCUCUACUACGGGAUCUUUUUCAGGUGGCUCUGCUACAGGAACCGGCUCUAACGGAUCUUCUACAGGAUCUGGUACUAGCGGCUCUUCAACAAGCGCAGCACCAAGUGGGUCUUCGACAGGAUCUGGCUCUAGCGGUAGUUUCACAGGAACUGGCUCUAUAGGUUCUUUAUCAGGCUCAGGUCCAAGUGGCUCUGCUACGGUGUCCGGUUCGAGUGGCUCUUUUACAAGCUCAGCACCAAGUGGCUCUUCCACAGGAACUGGUUUCGGCAAUUCUGCUGCAAGCUCAGGCUCGAGCAGUUCUAUUUCGGGCUCAUCUGGAUUUAGCGGCUCUUCGACUUUGAGCUCUUCAGCAUCUUUUGGUCUAAGCUCUAAUGGCUUUAACACAAGGUCGAGUUCGGACGCCAGCUCCCCUCCGUCAUCAAUCGUACCAUUAGGAUCGGCUGUAAUCACGGGAUGGUCUGGUACUUACACCACGACAUACACCACUAGUAUAGCUGUCUUCACUGGUAUUGAUGGUUCGACAACGAUUCAGGAUGUCUAUUAUGUGCUAACUCCUACCAAAUUACCAUCAGCCAUAAGUUCUGCUUAUUUCGCAAACUCUACUACAUUAAGUGGUUCAAUUAAAGGCUCCGGGGCUGAUUCUUCCACGAACUCAAUUGUCCCUCAGUUCCAAUCAUCAACUAUUGCUAGACCUGAAAGCAGCCAAUCAUCAGGCUCUUCCCAAACCCAUAGCAACUUCAUGACCACAUCAUCGUCUGAUAACGGAGGUGCUAGUUCUUUAUCGACCAGCGACGGUUCAUCUUCGAGCAGGGCCAUAUUGGCUUCGACUAGAGGCUCAUUGCACUUUAGUUCAGGAAGCGUAUCUUCAACAGCAGAUAAAUCGCAAGCCUCAAACGAAGGUAACAUUCACUCGAUCUCUACUACGUCAUCUAGUUCUGCUUCACUCAAUUCUGCCGCACAAAGGUUGAGUCAUAACAGUACUCCCGAGGGUAGAACUACUACAUUAACUUCUGGUGGAAAUGCUGGCACUGCCAGUAAUAAUUACUUUACCGUUACGUCUGGACAACUUGGCCAAAAUACUGGUGCGUCUGCUUCUCGCGUUGCUAGCCAAAUUUCGGUCGUCGCCAUUCAACAAACAACCACUGCUGGUGCUGGGUCGGCCAGUGAUGUUAGUCAAAGAAGCCAAAGAGCUAGCUUCGCUGGUGGUGCAACCGUUACCGCUGGCUCUGCUAAUGCUAGUCAAAAAGUUGAUGCCUCUGGCGCCUCUGGCGCUACUGGUGCUACUGGUGCUACUGGUGCCACUGACGCUACUCAGGCUAAUAACACCGCUGGCCAAGAAACUGGUACAAGUACUGCUGGUGGCGCAAAGACUGCUGAAGGUACGACUGGAGCUACCGAAAAUUCGCCAACACCUGUUGCUGGUACGGCGACUGGCAAUUAUUUCCAAAGCUCUGGAUCUAUCGCAACUAAGCUCUCUACGAGCGGCACGAGCUCUCAAUUUACGGUAUCCACAUACGAAGGCUAUGCAAACAGCCUGAAGAUUGGUGUUCUGUUAGCUUUGCCAAUGGCAUUGUUGUGA